UACUACCAGUACAAGCGAGAUCAAAAUCAUUUAGUCCGCUGGAUGAUACACACCUCAAACAAGAUUCUAGAGUCGUCGAAUCUACAGAUCUCAGAAUCAAUCAAUAAUACCGGCCAAAUUGCAAUCUCCUCCUUCGUCCCUGUCUCAAAGCUUAUUGCGCAGCAUGUCAAUCUAGUUCCGCUAGAGAUUUACCGUCUCUUCCAGUCUAUAAUAGCGGCGAGGAAGGCAACCCAUGAAGCAUUCGUGCAAAUCGUGUCGAGGAAGCCCGAUCCGGAAAUUGAAAGGAGUAAUACAUCCCACAAACUUUUUAUUGAUGUCCUGACCGAGGCUUUUCACGUUCUUGGAGGCGAUGCUUGGAUUGCAAGGCAGAAGGCUGCGACAGAGCCUCCCGAUGAAGAAGAUUUAGACCAGGCUAUAUUUGCAAACCAGUUCUCCAUUCUCGGGCUUGGUGGCAAGAAGGAGGAGGAGGAGGAGGAGGAGGAGGAGAAGGAAGCGGAUGAUACCGAGCGACUCGAUGGACCAUCUACAAAUAUCCCGACCAGGCAACAGCAGAAGAAGUCUAAAGGAAGCAGAAAGCAUGGCAAACGAAGACAAAAGUCCAAAAAGAACCCCCAGCCGGCUGUUAAGGAGCCUAGUCUUGAAGAAGUCCCUCUGGAAAGUUACCGUAUCAUCGAAGACGAGAGUGGACUUCUUACUGACUAUCUGAUGGCCGUCUAUUCCCUUGUCAGGCAGUGGAUCGAUCUCCGGAACUCUAUUCAAUCUCUUUGGCGUCAGGUCUCAUACGGCGGCCUCAACAGUGCUGUUGCAGGCGAGAUGUCCAAUAUUGCUAUUGGAAUGAUCGAGCAGUCGGAAUUAUCAAUCUUUGUGGAUUUUCCUGGACACGACUCCUACGAGACGGUUAUGAAUACCAUCACACGUGGGAAUGUAGAAAAUGCCCAAGGAAUGUUCCACGCGGCUUUGCAUCGAGUGGAGCCUGACGGAAAGUCGUUCACAAAGGUUCAGGAAAUGGAUCUCGACGUCAAAGAGCAAUUCUUGGUACACACCUAUCAGGCUCUCCUUGACUUUGUAACCGAUUUUCAAGCAACUCGCAGCGGCAAGCCAACAAAACGCCUGCUCUCUGAGAUCAGAAACUGGGAUCCAGCCCUUGAUCUUCAACGUGCCACCAAGGAACAGCGGAUCAAGUGGCGCCGGGCAUACACAAUCAAUUGGCUCUAUGACUUGGUGAAUGUCUUUUCAUCAAUCGUCGUUCAACGAAUUACAAUGAAACAUCAACGAAUUGCCCUCGAGAACGUCGAUUGGUCUACCAGUGGCCCGUGGAAUGAACACCGAAGAUUGUUCGGCUUGAAUGAGUUUGCUGGCGAAAUUACUGCUCUUGCAAUGCAAAAGCCUCGUACCGGCGGUGGCAAAAAAAUCCUUCCACAUACAGUCUUUCAACUCCAAUGCAUCGUCGAUUCUCUGACAGUCUCCCGGGGCUGGUCAUUUAAUUGUCUCAAAGGACAUCUUCUAUACCCACCCGCCCGAGCAUUCCGUCCGAGGAGAGACGUUGACCUCUUCAUGGAUCGCGAAAAUGUGGCCAUGGGUCGUGGGUUUUGCAACGGCGUUGAUGUUUUGAAUCAAUUUUUCGAAAAAGAUGCCAAAAUGCACGGAAACCCGAAUCGCCAUCGAGAUCAUUCAGAACUGCUAACCGAGCUUCGUUAUGAUUUCAUCAAUUGGCUUGGAGAGUCAAAGUACAUGUACGGCCUGACAACGAUUCCUCCAUCACGCUUCUCAAAUACUACUGCCAACGGCCUCUGGGAGUAUUCUCCGUUUCUUUGCGGGGUUGGCCUAAUGGAGGCAUUAGAGCUUGCAUAUGCAGUGGGCCUCUUGAUCAUGGACAGAAUACCGGAGCCCAUGUGCGUCAUACAUCUGCACAACAUGCUGGUCCAGAAGGGUUAUAUCAGUGAGCCAGUUGGGCUUUACGCCAGCUUGCAGUCGCUCUUCCCCGAGGCAUUCUUUGCUGAUGGUCAAAUACCGACCUCUGAUUUUGCCACAGCCUUCACUGCAGCACUCGACAAGUCGGGCUCUCGCCGUGCCACUGUCCGAAGACAAACUUCAAGGGCUGCCGCUCGUACAGCCUUUGAUAUCCAUGGAAUCUUGGAUACGAAUGCAAACCGCUUCUUCAAGAAAAAGUCCAUUCUUAGGCUCUAUCGUGAAGCAGAUUGGAUUCCCGAAAGAAUACCCGACGAGAAUAUUCCCGUGCUUUCCAUCCUCUCUAUACUGCGAAUUGGCCAAAUGAAACAUCCAGUCGAUCCGGCUACAGGUAAGAAGGUAUUGAAGAAUACGACACUUGUCAGACGCGCAAGAGCAGAGGGGCUACAUGAUGACGCGAUGAUUGAAAUGUCAGCGUUGAUCCAUAAGGGCCAUGUCGACCAAGAACUUACUGAAGCAUUCUUGAGCUCACGACCCAAGGAUUACUCAACUUCCGGCAUCUCCAAGCCCACCGCCGGCGGUAAUAGAAGCAAGAUUGGUUUGAGCGACGCAGCACUAUUGGACUUGCUCAAACUUGACAUUAUUAACGAUGUUUCUGGCCAGCAACCGGUUUCCAGUCUAAAUUACAUCUGGACCACUGCUAUGUUCAUGGUGUUAUUCCAUCGUAUCGAAGACAAACUGGAGAAGAUGCGUCAUCCGCUGUGGAUCCAGGCUUAUGAGGCAGAUCCAAAAAUGAGAAAGGAAAGGAGAGCAUCGCUAACAGGUCUGAUGCUUGCAACGGAGGACGAAGAGUGCUUGAAAGUAAUGGCUGAACUUUUUCAGACCCCAAGGUCCGGAUUUAUGCAGCAUAUUUACUGGGAAGACCUGUGCACGUCUCCUACUCUGGUGAGCAAGGAUCCGCUAGAUGACGAUGAAGGAACUGGAGCCGUAUGUACUGUGAUGUAAUGCCCGGAGACUGCCAUCGCUACUUAUGUCUAGAAGCACUACGACAAUGAUACAUUGUCUAAUGUGAUUUCAAAAUUUCACUUUUUUAACAAUAACUGGUACAGAUAUAUGCAUGAAUGCUUAGAGUGCCCAUUUGACUCAGAGCAAGAAUUGAAUAUGGGAUUUGCAAGGAAGCUGCGGAGGAUAUGGGAUAUGAGCGACAGGCACAGCUACAAAGCAGAUUUCUAUGAACGCCAAUUAGGACAGGUGUUAAAGGGCCACCUGCCAUUUUUCACACACACUGAUAUUCAGUGGAGAAUAUUCUCGUGGAACGCAUCACAGCUGACGACUUUGAGGUUUCUAUCAUUGACUAGGAAAGUUCAGGCUGGUAUCCUUCUUACUGGGAGUAUGCUGUUAUAUUCGCUGCGUUUGAAUGGAAUGACGACUGGCCGAGGGGUCUGAGCAGAUCGUGGAGCCUUGGAUCGCUGAGGGCGCCAACAUCAGAAUGAUAU